AUGGGCGACGUCGACAAAGCAGCGGCUCUUGUUGCGAAAAAUGAAGGAAAUGAAUUUUACAAGAAGCGCCAGUUUGAAGAGGCUUUGGCAUGCUACGAAAAAGCCUUCAAGUUGGAUCCAACCGACAUGACAUUUCUAAAUAACAAAGCGGCAGUCUACUUUGAACAAGGAAACUUUGACGAGUGCAUCAAGCAGUGUGAGCAAGCGGUUGAAGUUGGUCGUGAGAACCGCAACGAUUUUAAAAUUAUUGCCAAGGCAUUUUCACGAAUGGCCAGUGCUUACCAGAAGAAGGAUGAUUUGAAGAACGCUCUUUUUUACUUCCAAAAAUCUCUUACUGAACACCGAACUCCUGAAACACUGUCCAAAAUGUCUGCAGUUGAAAAGGAGCUGAAGGACAUUGAACGAAAAGCCUACAUUGACCCUGAUAAGGCUCUUGAGGAGAAAAACCUUGGCAACAAGCUGUUUCAAAAGGGCGACUACCCUGGUGCCAUCAAGCACUACACCGAGGCCAUCAAGCGUAAUCCGGAGGACGCAAAGAUCUACAGUAACCGUGCUGCUUGCUACCAAAAGCUGGCUGAGUUUUACCUGGCUCUAAAAGACUGUGAGGAGUGCAUCCGACUUGAGCCCACUUUUGUGAAAGGCUACAUUCGAAAGGGCUAUGCUCUGAUGGCUACCAAAGAGCUGUCCAAGGCUCAGUCUGCCUUCCAGAAGGCACUGGAGCUUGAUGAGAACAACAAGGAAGCAAUUGAUGGUUUCAGAAAGUGUGCUCUGAGUUCAUCGGAUAAUCCUGACGAGGUGCGAAAGCGUGCUAUGGCUGAUCCUGAAAUUCAAAGCAUCCUCUCUGAUCCUGCAAUGCGCAUUAUUCUGGAGCAGAUGCAAAGUGACCCGAAAGCACUGCAAGAGCAUCUCAAGAACCCUGAUAUUCAAACCAAGAUUUACAAACUUAUUGAAUCCGGAUUGAUUUCUAUCCGUUAA